AUGAAGUUCAUCGUCCUUUGGGCUCUCUUGAAUCUGACUGUUGCUUUGGCCUUUAAUCCAGAUUACACAGUCAGUCCCACUCCUCCCUACUUGGUCUACUUGAAAUCUGACUACUUGCCCUGCGCUGGAGUCCUGAUCCACCCACUUUGGGUGAUCACAGCUGCACACUGCAAUUUACCAAAGCUUCGGGUGAUACUGGGGGUUACAAUCCCAGCAGACUCCAGUGAAAACCAUCUGCAAGUGAUUGGCUAUGAGAAGAUGAUUCAUCACCCACGCUUCUCAAUCACGUCUAUUGAUCAUGACAUCAUGCUCAUCAAGCUGAAAACAGAGGCUGAACUCAACGACUAUGUGAAACUAGCCAACCUGCCCUACCAAACUAUCUCUGAGAAUACCAUGUGCUCUGUCUCCACCUGGAGCUACAACGUGUGUGAUAUCUACAAGGAGCCUGAUUCACUGCAAACUGUGAACAUCUCUGUAAUCUCCAAGCCUCAGUGCCGCGAUGCCUAUCAAACCUACAACAUCAAGGAAAAUAUGCUGUGUGUGGGCAUCGUGCCAGGAAGGAGGCAGCCCUGCAAGGAAGUUUCUGCUGCCCCGGCAAUCUGCAACGGGAUACUUCAAGGAAUCCUGUCUUUUGCGGAUGGAUGUGUUUUGAGAGCCGAUGUUGGCAUCUAUGCCAAAAUUUUUUACUAUAUACCCUGGAUUGAAAAUGUAAUCCAAAAUAACUGA